AUGUCAAGCGAUGAAGCUGACGAUGAGCAGAGCUCGGAUCCCUUUUCGUCUAACGAGAAUGGAUCUCAGAAAGACACCCCCCCCCUCGCCAAAGACGUCAUCGAAGUCGUCAAGACGGAUGUCGAGGAAGAAGAUGAUUUUCCAGAGCUGCCUGACGGUUUUCUUCCCUCCACUCUAACUGGCAUUGAGAGUGUAGGCGAUGAUGAUGAAGUGACCAACACUUUCGAUGAUGGUGUCAGGCCCGAUUUCGGUGAGUUAGAUGUACAGAAUACCAACGAGUCGCCCGAGUUUCGUCCUCGCGGACCUACUCUCGGUGAAUCAUGCCCUUCUGGACGUCCCGCAUCCCCUGUAUAUGCUUCCGUACGAGAGAAGAAGAUGCUUUCGGAACUCUCAGAGCUCAGGGAAGAGAACAAGGAGUUGCGGGACGGCCAAAAGCGUCUGCAAACCCUCCUUGCUGAGGGCAUCAAAGAGCAGAAUGAAUUGAUUGCCCGGAAGGAUCAAGAGAUUACUCGGCUCCUCAAGGAACAGGGAGAUCUCAUCCGUAGAGGACAGGAAGACCAAAAGCAACAGAUGCUCGACAUGAGAAACGAGCAGAAGAAGCAGAUGGUCGAUCUGAUGAAAAAGCUGGAAAGCGUGAAGUCUGAAUUGACUCAAUCGCGCCAGGCCAAGGAAGCACCCAACCAAGGCGACACUGUACAGAGCCACCCUGGAAGGCCUAGCCUUCCGGAUGCCACUGUCAUCGUACCUGGUGGUGCCCCAGGAAGUCCUGAUUUGGGAACGAAUAUUUCGGCGACUGGCAAUGACGUUAGACUCUUGCAGGAGACGAACGAUGUGGAGCCCAUGGAGGAGGACAUCGCCCCUGAGCCACCUGUACCCAAGCAAAGGACUCCUGAACCAGAGAGGUCUGAGCAACAGGUAACAACCGCUCCGGAGGUGAUUCAAAGUGCCCCUGAACAGAACAAAUCCAAGCAGAAGACACCUGAACCAGAGCCGUCUCAGCAGCAGGAUAAGACUGUUCAGGAACAGCACAAUCCACAAUUGUCUGACCAAGGUCGUCAGGCAUCCGAUCCUCGCACUG